CCAAUCUCAUGAUUUGGAAGUAGAGUUGUUAUCAAUUGUGAAUUUUCGUAAUUUUACAUGUAAUUAAUUGUUGUAAAAAUGUUUUUAGGCGGCGAAGACGAAGAACAAGACUUUGUUGCUCCAGGAGGAAGUACAAAGCUUGGUUCCUUAUUCAGUUUAGAUAAAUCAUCAAAUGUGGGUGGAAAUUCAUCUUUGACUUACACUGCACCAAAACAACCAAAGAAAAAAGAAAGUGGACCAGAGAGCGGAAGUGGACCAGCUGUGUUAGUAGCUAGUGUUGUACAUGCUUAUAAAUAUGUUGAUGGUCGAUAUGCCCUACAAGGUAAAUUAGGAUGUGCCUUAUUAGGAAAUGCUGCAAAUAAAGAUUAUAAGAUAUUAUUAUACAUCAGUAAAGAGAAACAAGUAACUAAUGCUACAAUAACAGCUUCCACUACAUUUACACCACAAGCCAACAACUAUGCUAGUUUUUAUGAUGAUGCUAGAAUCAGUUGGUCGAUUAUGUUUGAUUCAGAAGAAAAUGCUGUUAAAUUUACGAAGCAGAUAUGUUUAGCAAAAGCUAAGUCUAGUAAUUUAGAUAGUGUUAUAAGUCAAGAUAUUAGUGUAGGCGAGGGUAGAAGUCUAGAGUCAGGUGAUGCAGCAGAAGUACGAUACACUGGUUGGUUAUAUACCAAUCAUACAUAUGGUCAGAUGUUUGAUAGUAAUGCAAAUUCUGAUAAAUUAUUUCGUUUAAAGUUGGGUAAAGGUAAAGUUAUAAAGGGUUGGGAUAUGGGAUUGAUUGGUAUGAAGAAAGGAGGAAAGAGAAUGCUAAUCGUCCCCCCUAAUUUGGGCUAUGGAGCCCAGGGAAUGGGUGAUAAAAUUCCUGCAAAUUCAACACUUAUAUUUGAAACAGAACUGGUUCGGGCCAAAUUUCAAAAGGGAGAUCAAUCACCAGGUCCAUCACCAGCACCUGUUCAACCCCACCUACCUUCUGUUACAACUGGUGAAGAAGAACCACCCGAUUUAGAUCAAACAGUCAAAGGUCGUACAAAAUCAAUCACAGAACACAUGGCUCACCCUGGGGAUAGUGGUAAAGCUAAGUUGAUAUCACGCAUGGCAAAGAUGGGAAAACCAAUGUUACCUAUGCCCGGUGGGGGACCAGCUCCUACCGGAACAGCUUCCGAUGAUGAGGAUGCUGAAGUUGAAGAGCAAUUCCAGUCACCUGGUGAAGAUGAUGGCAGUGUUGUACAGAAACCCCAACCACAGAUACCUGUUCGUGUUCAACCAACUCCACCUUAUCAACAACCCCACAUGUUUACACAACAACAGCCACCUGCUGUCUCACCUCAUACACCUCUACAUUUCCAACAAUAUAAUCCAGCACAAGGAGGUAAUCAAAUGGCUCUUUAUCAAAAUCAGAAUUACCUGCAACAACAGCAACAACAACAACAGCAACAACAGGCAGCUAUGCAACAGGCUUUACAGCCACAUGGUUUUCAGCCUACAAGUUAUCAGAUGGCACCAUCUGGUAUGAUGAAUACAGUUCCUUAUUCAGGUCCAAGUUCAACCCCUCCCAGUAACCAAUCAUUAGAUGUAUUUGGUCCAGUAUUAUUAACAGAAACACGUCAACAGAAUACAGAAGUUCGAAUGGCUAUAAGUAAAAUAGCUGAUAAAGUAGACAAAGUUUAUGAUAAGAUGAAUGAUAUACAGUCUAUAGGUGGACCUAGUGUAUCACAUGGUGUAACCGCACCUAAUAUGGAAGUCAGUAUAUUAAUACAAAAUGUAACCAGAAUAGCUACGGAAAAUGAACAAUUAAAGAAAGAUGUAUUUGAAAAAAGUGCUAAAAUAGAAUCACAAAAUGAUAAAAUAGCAGAAUUAUUACAUAAAAACCAAAGGUUUGUAGAACAGAGUAACACAUUAUUAGAAGAACGCAAUGAAGGUUAUAAACAUUCAGCACAUCAAUCACAGGCCAAAGUUCUAGAAUUAGAACAACAAAAGGUUCAGUUGGCAACUGAUCUUAGUGCUUCCACAGCUCAACUUAGUACCAUACAACUGGAACUUGCCAAUUCACGAAAAAAAGAAGCAGAACUUAUACAAAAAAUCCAAUCAACAACAGAUACUUCAUCACAUUCAGCUGAAGAAAGAGAAAGAUUAAGAUUACAACACUCAGAGGAUGAAAGAAAAAUAACUGAAUUAAACAGUGCUUUACGAGAAGAAAAGCAACAUAGAAAAACUUUAGAGAGUGCUCAUAAUCAAUUACAAGAAGAAUUUGCUGAUAUAAAAACAUCGAAAGAAAAUAUGGAAAGGGGUUUAGCUGACAGAAAAAGAAAAGUAGCAGCAGAAAGAAAAAAGAUGGAGGAUGAAAUGGAAGAGAUGAAAACAAAUCUUGAACAAGAAAUCCAAACGUUGCGAGAUAAAUUACGCAAACAGAAAACGUCAACAGAUGUAGCCAGUUCUGAUAAGUUGUCACGUAUAGAAGCAGAACUUGAAGAAGAAUGGAAGCAGAAGAGUGAUAAAAUGUUGUCAGCAGCAAAUGAGAAACAUACUAGAGCUCUUGAAUUAGUGAAGGAAGAAACCGAUGAACUCAAAGCAAAAUUAAAAGAAGCAGAAGUCAGAAUCCAAUCAUUAAAGGCAGCAGGCAAUACAAGUGAUGAGAAGAUUAACGAAUUAGAAGAUGAAAUAGAAGAAUUAGAAGCUUAUAAAGAUAAGUAUGAUAAUUUAAGAAACCAGGCAUCAGCUAUGAAAGAAAAAUAUGAAGACAGAAUAAAUGAUUUAGAGGAAGAAAAUGAUAGACUGACAGAAAAAAUGGAAGAAUUAGAAGAAAAAUUAAGUGAUGCUGCUUCAGGUGGUGGACCACCAUCUGGAGAUUUAGUAAAUGAGGUCAAGAAAAUAAUGAACAAUGUUUAUCGAGGUUUGCGUGACGAUUUUGAAACUGACGAAUCAUAUAAAGGAUCAGAAGUUUUAUCUUCUAUAUUAGGCACCAUAAAGACAACAACCCUUGAAUUAGUUAAAAAACAAGAAGAGAAAAAAGAAGAAAAUGCAAAGGAUGAUGAUAGUGAAGAGGAUGAUGAAGAUGAGAUUGAUGGAGAGAAAGAAAAAGCAGAAAGUGAACAAACCAGAACAGAACAAAAACCAGUUGUGGAAGAAACCAUGACAUCUGAUGAUGUAAUAGUUGUAGAAUCUGUCGCUAAAACUACAGCAGCUCCCCCUACUGAAAAAAACCCUGUUACACCUGCAAAAUUUAUGCCUAAAAAAGAUCAUCCUACAGGAGAUAAAGGAAACAGAAUUUAUUCUGAGAAACUUGAUAAACUUAAUAAGCCUGAUAAACAUGCUCCUGUACCAAUAACACCAGUUGGUUUUAAAGAAGAGCAUGGUUAUAUAACAGGUGAUAAAGGAAAUCGUAUUUAUUCCGAAAAACUUGAUCAGCUUCAUUCUUCAGCCCAACCUGUAACAGAAACUAUUGGUAAAGUUGAAUCGAGUCAAGUUCAUGGCAGUCCACCAAAAUCUAAAAAUAAUGAUCAGUCAAAACCAGCUAUUGUAGAGGAAUCUUUUGGUAAAUCUGAAGCUAUGACUUUAGAAGCUGGUUCAUCUAACAGAAAACCAGUAAAACCAGCUAAAGUAACACCUACAAAAGAUCAUCCUACAGGAGAUAAAGGAAACAGAAUUUAUUCUGAAAAUCUUGAUAAACUUAAUAAACCUGAUAAACAUGCUCCUGUGCCAAUAACACCAGUUGGUUUUAAAGAAGAACAUGGUUAUAUAACAGGUGAUAAAGGAAAUCGCAUAUAUUCCGAAAAACUCGAUCAAUCAUCCCCUUCUUCAGCUCAGCCAGUUACAGAGACUAUUGGUAAAACUGAAACAAGUCAUGUGCAUGCCAGUCCACCAAAAUCUAAAAAUAAUGAAACUAAACCAGCUAUUGUGGAAGAAUCUUUUAGUAAAUCAGACUCUUCGACAUUAGAAGCUGGUUCAUCUAACAGAAAACCAGUUAAGCCACCUAAAGUAACGCCCCAAAAAGAUCAUCCUACAGGAGAUAAAGGAAACAGAAUUUAUUCAGAAAAACUUGAUAAAUUUAAGAAACCUGAUAAACAUGCUCCUGUACCAAUAACACCAGUUGGUUUUAAAGAAGAGCAUGGUCAUAUAACAGGUGAUAAAGGAAAUCGUAUUUAUUCCGAAAAACUUGAUCAAUCAUCCCCUUCUUCAGCUCAGCCAGUUACAGAGACUGUUGGUAAAGUUGAAACAAGUCAUGUGCUUGCCAGUCCACCAAAAUCUAAAAAUAAUGACACUAAACCAGCCAUUGUGGAAGAAUCAUUUGGUAAAUCAGAAUCUUUGACUUUAGAAGCUGGUUCAUCUAACAGAAAACCAGUUAAACCAGCUGAAGUAACACCCCAAAAAGAUCACCCUACAGGCGAUAAAGGAAACAGAAUUUAUUCUGAGAAACUUGAUAAACUUAAGAAACCUGAUAAACAUGCUCCUGUACCAAUAACACCAGUUGGUUUUAAAGAAGAACAUGGUCAUAUAACAGGUGAUAAAGGAAAUCGUAUAUAUUCCGAAAAACUUGAUCAUCUUCAUUCUUCAGCACCUGUAACAGAAACUAUUGGUAAAGUUGAAACAAGUCAAGUUCAUGCCAGUCCACCAAACUCUAAAAAUAAUGAUACAACAAAAUCAGCUAUUGUUCAAGAAUCAUUUGGUAAAUCAGAAUCUACCACUUUAGAAGUCGGGUCAUCUAAUAGAAAACCAGUGAAAGUAUCUAAAGUAAUCCCUAAAAAAGAUCAUCCUACAGGAGGAGAUAAAGGAAACAGAAUAUAUUCUGAGAAACUUGAUAAAGAUAGUAAACCUGAUAAACAUACUCUUGUGCCAGUGGUUCCGGCUGGUAUAACAGAAGAACAUGGCCAUAAAACAGGUGAUAAAGGAAAUCGUAUUUAUUCCGAAAAACUUGAUCAAUCCUCUCCUUCUUCAGCAGGUGGUGUCGUAGAAGAAACAGUUGGUAAAGUUGAAACGUUGUCAGUUCAUUCAGUUCCACCCCCUUCAGCUACCACCACAGAUACACUUCCUGCACCUGUUGUGGAAGAAUCAUUUGGUAAAACAGAAUCAUCAGUAGUAGAAGCUGGUCCACCUAGUUCUAAUCAAAAACCAGUGAAACCGGCUAAAGUAAUACCUACAAAAGAUCACCCUACAGGAGAUAAAGGAAACAGAAUUUAUUCUGAAAAACUUGAUCAGCUUAAUAAACCUGAUAAACAUGCUCCUGUGGCUGUAAGUAAAAUAGACAAGAAGUCAGAUCACAUAGUGGGAGAUAAAGGAAACAGAUAUUACACUGAGGAAUUGGAUAAUCUUAAACCAGUUGUAGCAGAAUCUUUUGCAAAAACAGAAUCGGUUGUAGCUCAUGCAGCUCCACCUACAAAUACCAAACCAGAAAUUAAACCAAAGAAAACCCAUGAAGUCCAAGCACCAAAACCCAAACCAGUAACCCCACACUUGACAUCUGGCACAGCACAUAUAACAGGAGAUAAAGGAAACAGAUUAUACUCUGAGAAACUCGACAAAUCGAAGCCAACCGAUCCUUUAAGGAAACCUGUUGAUGAAAAAGAUGCAAAGAAAGAAAGUGAUCAUAUUGUAGGAGAUAAAGGUAAUCCAUACCAUACAGCAGCACUAGAUAAUACAGAUAAACAAAAAUCAGCUAAAGAGAACAAAGAUGAUAAGUCUUCUAAAGAAUCUAACCCAUCUUCUUCCAAUCAGUUAUCUUCUAAUACUGACAAAUCUAAAGCAUUGUCUCAGAACUCCAAUGACAAAUCAACAAAUCAGGUCUCAAACAGUACAGAAACAAAACCCAGAUCUUCCACAAAUGAAGAGAAGAAAAAGGAUUCCAGUAAUGAAAUAAUGGAUAAGAAAAGUGAAGAAAGCAGGAAAACCAGAACAAGUUCAUCAACAUCUGUAGAAAACGUUCCAACCUUAGCAAACCGAGAACCACCACCACUCUUUGAUGAUGAUGAAGACAGUCCAUUAUUUGGAACAGAUACAACUGUAAGGGAUACAUUUGGAACAGAUUUUAAAGAAGAUAAAACAAAGAAAGAUAAAAAAGAAGUAAAGAAAUCUGAUAAAACAACGAAUAAAUUACCAAAUAAAAAUGACUUGGCUGAUGAUGAUGAUAAACAGCCUCCACCGCCUUUAUUCGGAGAUGAUGAUGAUGAAGAUGAUUUAAACUGGCUAAGUUAGAAUCACCAUGACAUUAAAAAACCUGUACAUUUCUAACUACAUAUUUAUUCAUAACAUGCUUGAAAAUAUACACCUACCUGAGAAAGAAGUUUGUCAAAUUUAAUGAAAGAGGUUUUUGUUUAUAAAGCAAUUAAUCAAGUGCUGAAUUGUUAAGGGGUUUGAAAAAGCAGGAGGAUGUCCAGGAACAAUACAGGAGAAUCCAGGUUAUUCACCAGAUACCAUUGUUUUUAUACACCCACAUUUUCGUGUGGAUGUAUAUUGUCAUAGCCCGUGUGUCCGUCCGUUCACAUUUUGUUUGUGGACAUUCUACAGGUCACAAUUUUUAUCGGAUUUUAACGAAACUUGAAAUAUAGGUAUAUGUCUCCCACAGAUCUUGGUUCCUUUCGAAAUUCUAAUGAUGGUUGAGUUCAAAUCUCGUGAAAACCGGACCGAAACUGCUUCAUAAAAUGGCUGCUACUUGUAUGCAAAUAGUGUAAAAGUAUAUAAUGUAAUACCAAGGUUGUGGACCCUCUAGAAGUCACAGUUUUUAUCCGAUCUUGAUGAAACUUAAAAUAUCUGUUUAGAUCUUGCUUCCUUUCAAUAUCGAUGCAUAACUUGUUUAUGGACCCUUAUUGUACAAAAAAUCACAUUUUUUUUAGCUUGCUCUCUGUCCAUCUCUUGCAAAAUGUGGGCAUAUCUUGCCUGGCAACAGCUGGUUAUUCUUCAUUAAUAUUCUGUUUACUUAUGUAUAUUUUGUCUCAAUAGUAUCUACAGUCCUAUGACCUUAAAUGCUUGAUGGUGUGUUUAGAGUCUUUUUGUUCAUCAGCUUUGCCAAAUCUAGUUUCAGAUUUUACAUGUAUAAAUCGGAUAUUGGACCACAAGCUAUAUACUGAUUGUAGUACUACACACACUGUAUAACACUUCUGUGUCUGUUUUCUUGCGCAAAACAAAUGUAAAUUUCUGAAAAGUUACACUUAUAUAGUGUUUUUCUCUACCCGUAAGCAUUGUUAAAGUCUGAUCAACAUUUAGUAGUCUUAUGAAAAAUGAGAGUAAUGGAACAAAUCUUAUAUGUUACUUCAUUUUAUCAAGCUUGUUCAUGAACUAUUAUUACAAUGUGCUUUAAUUACUUUCCAAGUAUUAUAUUUAGUUCAAUGACAAAAAAUACACACACCUGUGUCCUGUCAAGUUUAAUUUAUCAGGUAGAAAAUUAUCAAACAGCAUUGAGGAAUUGCUAUUUUCUGUAAAGAAUGUCCUCCCAUGUGUGGGAAAAAUCAGGUCAGAUGUGUGAAUGUUGGUUUAUGUGUACAGGAUACACAGAUAUGAAGUUUAAAAUUAUGGCUUUAUUUACAAUUCAGAACAUACACCUAUACAGAUUAUAUUAUUUAUUAUACAACACAUGCUAUUCUAUUUUAUAUAAACAAUCACUUACAUUAAAAUACAGACUGUGUUAUUUAUGUACAAUACAAACUAUGUUAUUUGUGUACAAUACAGACUAUUUUAUUUGUGUACAAUACAGACUAUUUUAUUUGUGUAAUUGCAAGUGAAUAGUUAUUGCAAAUAUGUGCUAAUAGAUAUUUAGUAAUUAAAUACUGCUUAUAAAUCAUGAAUUUCAUUACUUUUAAAGUAUAAUUAAAUUCUCAAGAUUUUGUAAAUUUUGAGAAUUGAAUAUUGUAAUAUUUUUAUUGUUCUGGUAUAUGUUAUAUGUACCCAUUGCAGCUUAAUACUCAGAAACGAAAUUAGAAUCCUAUAAAAAACAUUUUGGUUUAAUUUGAAGGUUGUUGGAAAUAAUCAUUUUGAUGUUUGCCCUAAUGGCACAGAAAAGUCCGCUUUAUCAAGUUGAUUUGCCAUUUCAAUUUUAUUAAGAAUUGGAUGCAUUGAGUAGGUAUAUAUAAAUAUUUGGGAAAAACUGUAGUUAAAUUUUCCAUUAAUAGAUAUCUAAAAAGCGAGUCAACUAUAAGGUAAGCAGACUAGUCUAGAUAUGUUUAUACAUUCAUAAAUAUCUGGUAACAUUUUCCAUACUGGAACACGUUUUGUUGCUUGUAUUUGGGAGUUCAUCCGCUGCACUCUGUAUUUUGAAUAUAAAUGGUUGGAUCAAUUGUGCUUGAUUUUUUUUAUAUGCAAAUGUUCAUUUUAAUUAGUAGUUCAUGUAUUAUAUAUCGGUUAUAUUAAUCAUAAUCAUGGUCAUAUUUUUAAAAAAAGAAUAUUGUAAUUACUAGAUUAUAUAUAACAUAAAUUUGUACAUUUUGAAUAAUGUAUAUAAAUUAGUUUAACCAAUGGUGUAAACAUAAUAUAUACAAAAAUACACAUACAAUAUCUAUAAUGAUUAUAAUAUUAUAUGAUGGAAUUGUGACAAGUGCUUUAUUUUAAUAAUCUGAUAACAGAAAACUCAAUAAAACAUCAAAUAUGUUUUC